UUGUUGUGAGUUCCGCGGGUAGGAGGGAUCGUUAGUUUCACCGGAGCGCCAACAGGAGCAAGUCAUGAACGAUCUUUUAAGAUAUACCGUGGUGGCGAUCGCUGCCUUGCUGAUGUCACCGCGACCAUGUCAUAACUACAGCUUGCGAAUGGAUCCUCGUCAGAGCAUACCUGGUGAUGCGAUAAUGAUCUACGAUGGCCUGAAAUUCGAAUGGACAACUCCAGGUUAUCCCAGUAACUACGAGGACGGAAUCAACAUGACACUCGCCUUCAGGUUUCCCGAAAGACAUUCACUUUACAUUGCCACACUGGUCUUCAAUGGCCCGGCCCGCAUUGCAGGGGAUACUUGUGACACCGACUACCUACUUUACACCUCCUAUGGCAUUGGAACGCGAUAUUGUUCGGAUUUCAGCAACACGACAAUAAUAGAGCCUGAAUUUAAUGGGAAUGCGAGAGUUUUUACACUACAGUUCGUGUCCUCGGCUGCAGACAACGCUACGGAUAUUGGCUUCAACAUGACUCUGUCGGCUUUCGACAUGUCCUUGAAACCGUUCGCUAAAAGAAAAUACUAAAGUCGUGAAGAAAUGUCGGAUAUCGCAUUGCCAACAUUAUUAAUAAUAUCUUGAAGUUUAUGGUGGUGGUGAUGAUAAUGAUGAUGGUUCUUAUUAACAUCGAUUAUUAAUAACGCUGAUAUAAUUGCAUUAGUGUUGUUUUUAUUGCUGUUAUUAUUAUGAUUAUAAUGAUAUUAAGAGCAACAAAAAUAUUAUAGUUUUGAUAAUAAUAAUGAUAAUGAUAACAAGGAUAAUUAUCAUUAUAAUGAUAAUAGCAAUAAUAAUAGUAGUAGUAGUAGUAGUGAUAAUUAAUAUUAUACUCCUUGGGUGUUGGCACUUGAGUUGGAGUUCUACACAGUUUUAAUUGCGAGGACCUUUCUAAUAAUAUGGGCAGAGCCUAGGAGGGCAAUUUUCUGGAUUUCGUUGAUGUUGAUGCAUCCGGGCAUCUCCUUCAGGCACUUUUCUUUAGCUUUUCUUAUCAUUCCUAGGUUACCAAUGAUACUAGCAACAGCAGAUGCUUUUAUGUUCCACAUGAGUUGGAUUUCAAUUUCUAUAUCUUUGUACUUUGUACAUUUCUUUCCGAUGGAAUGGAUAUAUCUAGAAGCCAACAUUUAUUCUCCUUCCGGUCUUUGAUUACUGUGUCUGGUCUGUUAGCUUUGAUUUCUCUAUCGGUGGUAAUGGGCAUAUCCCAAAGAACUGUUAUUUCUUCUGUGUUGGCUACUUUUUUAUUUUUUUUUAUUUAUUUAUUUUUUUUUUUUGGCUCGUGUUCAUACUAGUGCUCACUGACUUUGAUGUUGUAAUGCUUCAGGAUCUUAUGAUGAACAUAUGCUGCAACUUUGUUAUGUCUGUGGAUGUACUCUUGGACAGCCAGAUGUUAUAUGUUCAAUGGUUUCUUCAAAUUUACCACAAAGGCGACAUAUUGGGUUGGUUCCAUCCUUUAUUCUCCGGUAUGUGUAGGAUCUUGUUGGUUUACAUUGAUCUUGAGCAGCUACGAUCAGACCUUCGGUUGUUGGUAGAUGACUUGUCAACAUCAGCUUUUUCAUGGCUUUAAGGGUACUUUCCAUGCACUACUGCGUUUCAGGAGUCUUUCAUUUGCGAUUGCAUGUUGUUUAUGACCUUUUGCUUGUCUCUUUUCACUUUACUAUUAUUAUUAUCAUUAUUAUUAUU